CCUGAGCCAAAGGCAGACACUGAACCGACUGAGCCACCCGGGCAUCCCUGGAUCAAUUUCAUUUGAGGAUGUGACUGUGAACUUUACGCAGGAGGAAUGGGGUCAACUGGACUCUGAUCAGAGGACCUUGUACAGGGAUGUGAUGCUGGAGAACUAUAACAUCUUCCUCUCACUAGAAGAAUCGAAAGUUGAUGGCAUAAUAGAGAGCAAAGAAAACCAAGACAAACAUUUAUGGCAACAUGCAUUUAUCAAUAACAAAAAAGUGACUACAGAGAAAGAGAAUGUGUUAAGGAAAACAUUUAAUCUGUGCAUAGACUUUAUUCCUUCCAGAAAAACGCCACGUAAAUAUAAUCUAGAUGGUAUUGGUUCAGAAAAUAUGUCAGAGUUAACCAUUAAUAAAAGCUAUUCAGGAAAGAAAUCUGAUGAUGGCAACGGUUACAAGAAAUUGCUUCCUGAUAUUAAUCAUGAAAAAACUCAUACUAGAGAGAAGUUUGAUGAGUUUGAUAAAAAUGAGAGCAUCUUCUAUCAUAAUGAGAAUUUUAUUCAGCAACAAAAGAUUCACACUGUGGAGCAACUGCCUGAAUAUAAUGAUUGCAUUAAAACCUCCCACAGUAAUGCUCUCUUCAUUACACAUAAGAAAAUUCACACAGGAGAGAAAUUAUGUGAUUAUAAUAAACGUCAGAAAACUUUCAGGAGUGAGUCAAACCACAUGCUACGUCAGAUAACUUACUCAAGGAGGAGUCACUAUAAAUUCAGUGAAUGUGGGGAAAGCUGUGAAAAGUCAGUCCUUUGGAAGAAACAUCCUAGAAUUCACAUGGGUGAAGAAUGUGAGAAAUACCACGAGUGUGAUGUAUGUGGGAAAACCUUCCUCCGGAAGUCAAACCUCACAAUACAUCACAGAAUACACACAGGAGAAAAACCAUAUAAAUGUAAUGAAUGUGGGAAAUCCUUUUACCAGAAGUCAACCCUCACUGUGCAUCAAAGAACUCAUACAGGAGAGAGACCCUAUGAAUGUGUCAAAUGUGGGAAAAAAUUCUACCAGAACUCAGCCCUCCAUCAGCAUCAAAGAACACACACAGGGGAGAAGCCUUACAAAUGUAGUGAAUGUGGAAAAUCUUUCUCCCAAAAGUCAGACCUGACUGUGCAUCAGAGCUCUCACACAGGAGAAAAACCUUAUAAAUGUAAUAAAUGUGACAAGUCCUUUAGUAUAAAGUCAAAACUCACUGUACACCAGAGAAUACACUCAGGGGAGAAGCCCUAUGAAUGUAGCAACUGUGGGAAAAUGUAUCAUAUGAAGUCAACCCUCAUUAAACAUCAAAGACUUCACACAGGGCAGAAGAUAUACGAAUGCACUGAAUGUAGGAAGACCUUCUGUGGGAAGUCAGUCCUCCUUAAACAUCAGAGAAUUCAUACAGGGGAGAAACCUUACGAAUGUGUAGAAUGUAGGAAGACCUUUUCUGAGAAGUCAACCCUCAGUAAACAUCAGAGGAUUCAUACUGGAGAGAAACCCUUUGAAUGUAACAAAUGCGGGAAGUCUUUCUGCCAAAAGUCACAGCUCAUUGAACAUCAGAGAAUUCAUACAGGGGAGAAGCCCUUUGAAUGUAAAGAAUGUAGGAGAACAUUUUGCCAGAGGGCAUCCCUCAAUGUACAUCAGAGAACACACACAGGAGAGAGGCCCUAUGAAUGUAACGAAUGUGGAAAAUCUUUUUAUGAUAGUUCGACUCUCACUAAACAUAAGAGGAUUCAUUCAGGGGAGAAACCCUAUGAAUGUAAUGAAUGUGGGAAGACCUUCAGCCACAAAGCAACUCUCAUCACACAUCAGAGAAUACACAAAAGAAAAACGCUGUAAAGAUGGAUGGUGAAACCGUCUUGCUAUAACUCAGAACUGUUGGCCUGACAGAAAGUAUAUCCAGGGAGGUAACCCUAUGGUUGUAAUGAAUGUUGGAAGUCCUACCAGAAGUCAUCCUUCAGUUUACAUCAUAGACCUCAUACAGGGGAGAUACCCGGUGGUGUUUUUACCAAACUGGGCAGAGAGCAAGUGGGAUGAUGUGCAUGAGAUCUGGCCAGUGGGCUGUGAGUGUAAUGAUGUAAUUCACUUCUGGUCUGACACUUAAUGGUCUCCAUGGCAAUUCUUUGUAUUCUCUGCUCUCUAUGGAGUAGGAUGUAGGGUGCUUUCUGUUGAGAGGUCAGCACUCACUGUGUGUUGGUGAACUCACACAAGAGUAGAAAUCUCUGUCAACAUCUUGGUGUUUAGGAACCUAAUCCACAAAUGAAACUUAUUGUAACUGGAGAAAUCAGAAUUAAGAAAUCUUGAGAUUGCAACAAAUUUUAAAAAACCUUUACCAAAAGGUAUUAUCUGGUUGAACCUCAGGUAAACUAAUAGACUGAAACCAUGUAAGCACAUGGUUUUCUGAAAGCUUUCAGCAAAACAUAUUUUAUUGUAUUUCAGAGAAUUAUUAUUGAGGGAAACUGGAUUUAGAAAAUACAGAAAUUUUUUUCUUUAGAAAAGAUUUUUAAGUUGUAACAUAGUAGAUACAGAGGCCAAGUAUAUAUUUUUCACGUUUAGCACUACUCUGAGUUUAAGAAAGCUGCUGUGAACAGUAAGCUCAUUGUACUUACCACCAUAAAAUGUGUUCAUUAACAAAGCAACCCCAUCCCGGAAAUGUUUCCUUGGGGAACCGAAGUAGAUUUGAGUGCGACAACCCAACUUAGAUAUAACCUGGGAACUAUGUGUAUAGCAAAAUGCCAUAUAUUGUUCUUUGCCUUUACUUCCUAGUAAAGUAUGUGUUGGCAACCAUGAUAUGGUGCAAGGAUUGGCAGACAUUUUCUGUAGAAGGCCAUAUAGUAAAUACCUUAACCUUAAGGCUACAUGUGCUUUCUGUCACUUUUUUUUUUUUUUUUUACAACCUAUUAAAAAUGUAAAAAAUUAUUCUUAGCUCAUGGGCCAUUGAAAAAUAGACUUGGCCAGAUUUAGCUUAUGGACUGAAGUUUGUGGACCCCCGAUACAGUGGUUAAAAGCAUGGACUCUGAAAGUGUACUUGCUAGGCUCAGGUCCCAGUUCUAUUGCACAUUAGCUGUGUGGCCUGGGACAAAUCCUUUAACAUUUGUUCAUUUCUUUUUUGCAGAAUGAUGACACUGCCAUUACACUACCACAUGGAGUUCUAGUAAGGACUAGGGAAGUUAGUAAAUACAAAGUACUAAAUCACUGCAUACAGUGCUGCAAGUGUUAGCUAUUAUAGAACUUGCAACAGAUUUGUUGGAGCUUUGCAGACUUUUGAUUACCUACUCCACUGUUCUUCACUCUAGGCCAGUAGAAGAUUCAGGAAAUGAAUGAUGAUUGGUCUGACCUAAUUUUUUUCCAGCUUAUUGAGGCAUAAUUGAUAGACAAAAUUGUAAAAUAUUUAAAAUGCAUAAUGUGAUGAUUUAAGUAUACACUGUAAAAGGAUUCCCCCAUCAAGUUAAUUAACGCAACUAUCACCUCACAAAUUUAUCAGCCACGCCCCGCCUUUUUGGUGAGAAUGUUUAUGUUCCACUCUCAGCAAAUUUCAGUUAUAUAAUACGCUGUUAUUAACUCUAGUUAACCAGUAAUACAUUAGAUCCUCAUGGUCUCACCUAAUCUUGAAAAACGUAUCCUGAUUAAUAAUUAAUUUGCAAUAAGCAUCUGACCCAGCUCUGGCCAGUGAGAAGAAACUCUGAAGAAUAUUCAGUGAGGUAUGGGAAAAUAGGAUUCCCCAGAGGCUAACAAAUAUUUGAUUUUUUUUUUAAAAAAGCCCUUUGAUUUUGCUGGAUAUUUUUAUGUCUGGAUGUGAUAUCUGAUAGUAGUUUUUGAUCCUAAGGUAGUAUCUGAAGAUGGCAGAACACAAAGCUGGAAAGAGGUUGGGUCAGCAGUGUCUUUUGGGUAGGUGAAUCAACCAACCCUAGAGCUUCUUUAUAUGAGAAAAAUUUUUUCUAAUUAAACUAGUUGAGUUGGGAUUUUCUGAAAAUGGUUUAACAAACUUACAGGUAUACCUUUUUGAAGAGUUACUAAUUCAGAAAUACUAACAUUCAUUAGCCUCCAGAGAGGACAUGUUGUGAGAAACUGAUUCAGGGGUGGCUGUUUUUCAGUAAAUCUCCAUAUAGUGAGCCUAACCAUUAGAAAAACCUAUUUGUUUUUACAUUAUAUGAAAUGAGUGUCUAAUUCAUUGAGCUUUCUUUGCAUCUAUAUGAGAAAAGCACUUAGAAAAUCAUUAUCUCAUAUAUACCUUAUAUUUUUAAAAUAUGUGAAAUAAACAUUAAGUUAAAUUGAAUUAUCCAUUGAUCUGUCUCUCUGUUACUGUUUGAUUAGAUAAGGUAUGAGAUAAGGAUCUAAUGUUUUCCCAAAGGAAUAAUCCGGUCUCAACACCAUGUGAUUGAAGUUUGAAGUACCAUCUUUACUAAAUGUAAGGUGCUAAAUUAUCAUUUGUAGAGGGUACUUUUGUUCAGGACCCCUUCCCUUUAUUGCCUUUAGUAACCAGUUUACCCUCAUGACAUAGGAGCUAGUAGAUCUCCUGAAGAUUCCAUAUCCCUUGACUUCACAUUUAUUCCUGGGAAGUACAUUUGAUCCAAGUGGGCCAGUAAGUGCCCGACGUGGGAUUUUGUAAAAGGAGAACAUCAUGUUCAGUGGUUGGUGACCUGGAACUUUUAGCAGCCAUGAGAAAGUGUCUGCAUGAAGAAAAAUAGGCAUGCAGAAACAUUUAAGAGAGACAGAAUCUUGAUGCUGCACAGGACCAGUCAGUGCUUGACCCCCUUGUUCUACAUAUUCCAAAGAUACGUACUGUUAUGUUCUUUGGUUUCAUUAUUAAGCCAGCAGAUGUUAACAUCCUCUGUACCAUGGUCAGUUGCUGAUUUUUGUUUCACUAAACUCUUUGUUUAUGCUUAUGCCAAAAGUAAUGUUUUAAUUAGUAUGGCUUUUUAAUGCUUCUUAUUGUAGACCAAGUCCUUUCACCCAUAAUUAUACAAUUAAUCUUCAGCAAAGGGGGGAAGAAUGUGCAAUGGGAAAAAGACAGUCUUUGUCGAAAAAAAGAGUUGGGUAUAAUUUUACAUAAAAUCAAAUUCACCAUUUUAUAAGUGUAUUCUUUGAGUUUUGACAAAUAUAUGGAAUUGUGUAACUACCAUCAUGCUUAGGACAGAUCUGGCAGCCACUGAUCUGUUUCUGCCCCUACAGUUUUACUUUUUCUAAAAAGUCAUGUAAAUGGAAUCAUGGGUUAUAUAAUCUUUUAUGUCUAUAUAAGUGCUUUUGAGGUCAUCCAUGAUAUUGCAUGCAUCUGUAGUUUGCUACUUUUUAUUGCUGAGUAAUAAUCCAUUGUAUGGAUAUGCCACAACCUAUUUAUGCAUUCACCUGUUGAAGGUCAUUUGACUUAUUUUCAACUUUUAUUAUGAAUAAGCCUCUUGUGAACAUUUCCAUUGAAGUCUUUUUGUGGACACAGAUUUUCACUUAGGUAAAUACCUAUGAGUAGUGGCAUUGGAUCAGAUGAUAAAUAAAUGUAUGUUCAGUAUUUCUUUAUUAUUUCGUUCCAGUUUCAGGUAAAAAAAAAAAGUUAUGGAAGCACUGUGAACUGGUUAAGAUUAAUUAAAAAGAUCACACAUGAAUAUAUCCUAGUAAAAAUUUAGUCAUUCUAGCUUCUAAACAAAAUCAGUCACUUAGAAGGAAUAAUGAAUCAUCAUGGUGUUUGAUUUUUCAAAACCUGUAGGAAUAUUACAAGAUUUAAAAAUAUUUGACAGAAAUGGACUAUAUGUGAAUGAUUCAGUAUCUGUUCAGAAGUGCCUGUGGGAAGGGAAAAGACAAGACUUGGAAAGUAUACUUUAAAAGCGUAAAUUUCAGAGGGAAUUUCUGAAUAAACUUAGCCCAAUUAAGUUAUAUCAAAAACAGUGUGGGGGAAAUUGCAAGAGAAAAUGAAUCUAAUAAAAAUUAAAAAUUUCAAAGGAUGAUACUAAUGAUUGCAUUAUAUUUGUAAUGUAAGUGUUAAAUGAUUUAUGAAAUAGGAUUUACCCUAAGGAAUAUGUUUUAGACAGGAUUUUUGUUGUGUGAGGCUCCUUUGAAUUGAGUAAGAGCUUAGUUUGCAGAUAAGGGAAAUUGGAAUAAAUACUGUGGUGUUGCCCUGUUACCAAUGUGAAUUUAUGGUUUCUAAUAUUAAUAGAUAAAAGUAAAUAUACGAAAGUGCACAUGUGAAAGUAAACAAACACAUUUCUUAGCUCUGUCCACUAGAGAUGGCACAGCAGCAGCAAAAAACCAGUAGAAAUAGACAUAGCUAGUUCCUGCAUUUUGGUUUCUAAAUGCAUUUUCUGCAUUCUUCACUACAAGGAAUCAGAGUUCUUAGAGAAAUAGCUGAUUCCAGGAGUGGUUCAGGGAUAUUACAU